GAAAGAGAAAAAGAUAGAGAGAGACUGUCUUCAUAUUCUGGUAGAACGCUCACGCGUGUAAUAAUAAUAAUAAUAAUAAGGGGUGAUAUAUAUAUAUAUAUAUAUAAUCUCUAAACAUUGCUCUGCUGCGUCAAAUGUCAUUACAACUCAAAUUGAGGUACCGGAAAAAACAUUACCCACAAUGCAUUUGCAGUAAUGGUCACGAAGGGAUUAGAAGCAGUGCCAUGCCCGCGCGAAGCGUGUUAUGAAGAUGCUUAACAGUAGAUUCAAGCAAAUAUUGAACGCAUAGAGAGCCCUCAUACUGCUAUAUGAGGAGACACGCCAAACUGGAGUCUGGAGUGAAACAAUUGAACCUCGACACAGCGCAAUAUUGAGCUAGUAUGUGAUAUAUUGGCUUUAAAUGCUUAGAAAAUUAAUGGAUUCCAGUCAAGCUAACGGUACAGCUGAUGCCACCUGCUGGAGUAGAAGAAACUCUGUGUCCAUAACACUUAAUUAGUUGCUGAGAAAGGGAGCAAGAUUGUUAAUAUCACAAUGGAAAGCACGGAGCCCCAAGAUACCCCCAAGUUCAUCUCAGUCGAGAACAUGAAUGCUGACAUUAACACCAUGGGCCAGCAAUUGCUGACCAGCCAUUCAGACCCUACAGGUGGUCAUGAUGGCUCAGAAACAUCGAGCUUUACUUCAGAGGUCAACCGUUUGCUGGAGUCGGAGCCAUUUCUUCCAGAUGCUGAGACAGGGCAGACAUUUGUUGAAAGAGCUAUGGAGCCCCAGGACUUUCCAAUGUCCAUAUCAAUGUCUGAGAAUGUGGCCAGUGGCCUGCCACAGCUGACCAGCCAUUUAAACCCCCCAGAUGACCUCGAUAGGUCAGAAACAUUAAGCACAUAUUCGGAAGUCAACCGCGUGAUGGAAUUAGAGACCAACCUCUUAGGAAACGAUUCCGAAAAUCAUGCCAGUAAUGCUAACAUUGUGCCUAUGUACAUGACUGUGGCAGGAAACUACUGUGGCGAGACAGAGCAGGUGGAGGCUGUAUCUGUUGACUUGAUUAAAAGGGAGCCUGCUUUGCUUUCCUGUGAGGAUGACCCCUUCAUGGGAGCCACCGUAACCAAUGUUACAGGUAACACCUCACAGAUGCAGUCUUUACAAGAUUCCUCAUUGGAUCAAACCUCAAUAUCUGACUCUCUGCCUUGCAUUCCGUCACUGAAGGAAGGACAGACCUGUGAAAGUCCCCUAACAGUUCAGGUGAAAAAGGAAAUGGACAGCAGUUUGACAGAAGCCUUAGACCUGAUACCUGAAAUCACCAUUAAAAGGGAAGCCAGGGACAUGAAGACAGAAGUCUUAAAAUUUCUAAAAGAUCCCCAGAAAACUGAGACAGAAGAUGGAAAUUACUCCACCAUUUUAUCUGUCAAGAAUAUUUACGAGGACCAGCAAGGCAAUGUUUGUGUUGUGGGUCUCCCUCUUGGGGCAGGACAUAUGGAAACCCCCGCUGACAGAAUGGAGAGGUUAAAAAAAUUGUGUAAACCCUGCAGUGUGAUGCUGACAGACUUUGCUAACACAUGGAAGGAGAUGGAUAUCUACUCACGGUCAUUUCACCAAAGAAAGUGUAGAAAGAUUCAACCAGUGUACAACAUUGAUUUGAUGACCUCUGUCAGAGGCCAGGCUCAGGCUGCUGUCAAAUCCACAGAAGUCAAGAAACUGGGAGGGAAAAGAAAGCAGUUGAGCAUACACGAGAAAAUACAACAGAGGCUGAAAGCCUUGAAGAAGAGAGCCAUGUUCUUUAAACGGCCACAACCUACUUCACAGGCAUUGAAAAAUAGAAAGUCACCCAUCAAAAGAGCAAAUCUAAAGAGAAAAGAAGAGAAAGAGAAAAAGGCUAAGAAAAAACCAGCAGCCACUCUGAAAAAGACUGUGAAGAAAACCUCCCAUUCUGCUAAAAUCAAUAACUCUCGUAAAACUGCAAACAAGGCAAAUUCUAAAAAAGGUAGUUCAUUGAAAGUUAAACCAGGGAUCAAAUUGCCUCUAUCUAAACAAGCAGUUAAGACAAAACCAAAGGUAGUAUCAAAGAGGACAGCUACAAAACCAGUGAGAGUCUCAAAAGAGAAAAAGAAAAGGAACCAACAAAAGAGAGUAGCUAAUUCAGCAAGCAAACCUGCAGCAAGGCUUCCCUCUCAAUCCCCCACCAGAGACACAGCUGUAAAAGCCCCUCUGAGGAGAAUUCUGCCUGAUGUAGUGCCAAAACAAACUGCCCUCAAGAGAAAACUUUCCCCCUCUCCUAAAUCUGCCAGCCAAGGUGACAGAGCACAUAGGGUGUAUCAGUACAAAUGCCUGCACUGUCCUUAUAAAACUGGUGGCCAUGCAAGGAUAGUUGCCCACAUCUACCAGCACUCUGAUGUGGCUCCUUACUCCUGCGGGUCAUGCAAAGAAAUGAUCUACUCUAGGGAGGACUGUCUUCAGCACAGCCGCGUAGUCCACCCUCGUCAAAAGGUCUCCUACAAGAAAAAUAUGAUCAAUGAAUCCAAGUACUUCACUGUGGUUGAUUUAAGUAGUGGGAAGGAUGCCGAGGAUAGUUUACCUGUGAAAAGAUUGCUGACAGCCAGUGGGACACUGAAGAAAGCCAGUAAACAAGCCAUGCCAAGGAGGGUCACUAGAAGCACAGCUCAGAAUGUCCCCUCCAUCUCAAGCAGUGUCUCUGAUGAGAACAGUAGUUCUUCUAGCAACCAACAUGUCAGCAGUGCCUUUGAGACUGGCCAGUCUGGUAAUACAACAGGGAAUGUGGCUUCCACUCUACUGUCCAUAGUAGAUCUGUUGACAUCAGAUCAGAAUCAAAGGGAAAGAGUGUCGGAGAAAAUAGAACAGCUGAAAAAUUUAAUCCAGUCUUCCCAGAAUUCUCAUCCUUCAGCUUCUAGUUACACACCGUCAGGUGGUGUAUCAGGCAACUCAGCCAAGAAGACUAAUCAAAGACAGACAAGGAGACAAGGUCGAGCAUCAGUUUCUAAUAAGUCUCAGAGAUUGCCUGCCCCUGUUACAUCCAGGGCCUCUCCCUGUACUAUGCCAGUACAAACUAACAAUGCAGCCGAAAAGGAAAGUGAAAAUCAGCCCAUGAUGGACAUUGGUCAAGCUCGUCCUCCAGAACACAGAGGUAUCGACCAGUUCAACCUUACUCCUCCACCUUAUAAUACGGCCGUCCCGCAAGGUCCAGUCGGUUCAACCUGUGAUGCUGCCAGUCAAGCAGGUGUGAACACAAGCCGAGAGGAGAGACAAGACCUCAACAAUCAGAUUUCUCAGUUUAACAUUAUAGCACCAAGUAACCAAUUUUCCAGUCAGGGACAGCAUGUACAAAACAUGAACCAGUUUAACCUGCAGCCUUCUGCAACAACAUCAGCCAUAAGCUCUGCACAGUAUGACGCUCAACAUUUGGCCCCUCCCAGCCAGCAAAUGGCCCCUUUCACCCAACAUUUUGUCCCAUCCAGUCGGCAAAUGGCCCCUUCCAAUCAGCAGGUGGCCCCAUCUAGUCAGCAAAUGGCCUCAUCCAGGCAGCAAGUGGCCCCACCCAGUCAGAAAGGGGCCCUAUCCAGUCAGCAAAUGGCCCCUUUCGCUCAACAUUUGGUCCCUUCCAAUCAGCAAGUGACCCCAUCCAGUCUGCAAGUGGCCCCACCCAGGCACCAAGUGGCCCCAUCCAGUCAGCAAAUGGCCCCAUCCAGUCAGCAGGUGGCCCCAUCCAGUCAGCAAAUGGCCUCAUCCAGUCAACAAGUGGCCCCAGCCGGUCAACCUUACCCAGUAAUGAUUAACCCAGUGCCUCAAGCCAUGGGGAGACCUUUGUAUCCAUAUGUCCACCAGCAACCUGGUUCUGUUCAUGGAAAUUCCCUUGUCAGACUACCAGAACGUGGGGCUUCAUAUCUAGAUAGUGCUAGGCCUGUGCAUGCUUAUCCUCAAAUGGUCACUCAACAGGCGAGUCUCACAGCUGGUCAAAAUAAGCCUGUAGCUAGCUCCUCAUUGUCACAAGUGCAGGAUGGACAGGGUGAAGUGCUUCAUCCACUGCUACCUCCACAAACGGUAGCAAAUCAGACAAUACCCUGCAACAGUUCUAUACCGCGGAUGGAUGUUGUGAACAGGAGUACCAGUGUAUCUCAAAAUGAGGCGCAAGGGUGGAAAGAGAGCAGAGGCGAGACAGAAGUGGUAUCUGAACAGGUUUUACUAGAUAGGAAUACACCUCAAACCCUUAGCAACUUGAAAGACUCCCUGUUGCGAGAACUUGUAAAGUUAAGGCAAUCUGGAAAAAUGCUAUCUGAUCAGCAGUACAUGAAUUUAGCAAAAUCCCUAGUGAAUUCAAGUCUGGAGAAGAAUGAAGAUACCAGAAAAGACCAGUGUUCUUCUCCACAAUCCAGAAUGCCCAUAGGGCAUCCAGAAUUAAAUCCAGUAGACAGAGAUUCAGAUGAGAAUGUUGAUCCAAUCGGUGAUUCAGAAGAAGAAGACAUUUCUUUUAUUUCAGAAACAUUCAGAUCUAAUCUUGGUUCAGCUAGAGAAAAACUUUCUUCAGCGCUGGCUGCACAGACAGAUCAGAUAAAAGCUGACCAGAAGGCAGCAAAGAAAAAGGCAAAACAAGUUGACAAGGCACCUAAAAGUGAAGUGAGCGCAGAUAAAGAGGGAAGGAGUCAGUUGAGUAAAGGAACUGCCUCAGAAAAGAAACACCCAUUGCUGUUUAAAUGUAGCCUAUGUGGGUUUGAGGCUAAUUUGGCUACAGAGGCCCAGGACCAUGUGUAUGAACAGCACAUGAGUGUCAAAGUUUACAGAUGUAUCCAUCCUGAUUGUGGACUGAAGCUAUCUACUCUCAGCUCCCUCAAGAGGCAUUUUGAAAAGAGCCACAAGAACGUUCCAUUUCAGUAUUUGAAGGAAAAUGCACCCAGUGUCAUGAAGUUUAUUAAAGUCAUAACAUUUGAUAAGAAAGUAAAUAAGAAAUUGUCCACCAGAGAUCAUGUUAAGAGGCCACGCACAAGUAAAACCACAGCAAGAAAGUCCACGGGGAAACAGUCUUCAAGAAACAGUUCCCAAGGAGAAACUAUAUCAUCUAUUACAACAAGACAAGCCAGUCAUCCUGUAGUAAACAGCCACAGAGCUUCCUCAAAUACUGCCAACAUAACAUCAGUGUCCUCAGCUGUUCCUGGAUGUGUUUCUCAGAAUAUUGUGGAACAUUUCAAGUGUUCUUUUUGUGAGUUUCAGUGUCCAGACCAACACGGAAUACUCGAACACUUAAGAGGGGCACAUUUACAGAAAGCACAGUCAGUAGGAUCAGGAAAUACAAAAACACAGAAAAGUAGAGGAGAGGAGAUGUGUAGAGUGUGUGGAGAUUAUGCUCUUACUUUUGGAAGCAAGAUUUGUAAUAGCUGCAAGAUAUUUUACUUAAAAGCUAUUGACAGCAAGAAGCAGUUUAAGCACUGUACCCCAACAUGUAUAAUCACUCUUGAGACAAGGGAUAUGUGCCCAGGAUGCCGCUUUUUGAAAUGUGUGACUUAUGGAGUGGGCAUAGAAGUGGAACAUGAUAGAAGACUUGCAGAGAUGAGGAAACCAGAGAAUGUAUGGGCAAAUAUGGCCAAGACUUCAUCUGCCCAGCAAAGAAAAGACCAGUCUGCUCCUGUUAGGACUGCCUUAGGUACGGCAUCCUCCUACAGUGGAGAUGUUGUGCUGGACAAAGACUAUGUCUGUGGGCUCUGCGGUUUUUGUACCAAGUUUCCAUUUGCCAUGGAGGAUCACAUGAAAGUCCAUAAAGAGGCUAGUGGCAACAGCAAGGAAGACAUGGGAACGACUGAUGUCAGGAACGCAACAACAGGGUCGGCUAAAAGCCAUAGGGUUAAGGUGCGGAAUGGUGGUGGAAAGAUGAAGUACGUUCCAGAAAAUAUUCAAGCGAAAACGUCAGUCGCAGGGUCCAACAAGACCAAGAGUCAACCUGUAGGUAACGUUGAGGGAACAGCUUCCACCUCCAAAACUAUUACUGAUGGUGAUGAUGAUAAUGAGAUCUUUGUUAUAGAUGAAACUGAUAACCAAAGUUCAAAAGAGAACUCUGACACUUCCAAGAAAAUGGUUGUCAGCUUGCCCUUUUCCAAACACAAAGAGAGAACAAAAGGGCCCCAAAAAGUGGAAAAAAAUCCAUCACAAGAAAGAACAGCUUCAGUCAAUGCUUCCGCACAUGUUGCUGGGAUAAAUACUGCUCCAAAGAACACUCUGCAAGAGUCAACAGUCACAGUGACCCCAAAACCCAAACAGACUGUAGCAGCACCCCGACAAGCCUGUUAUAUAGACAGACAUGGGAAAAAGGUCUGUAGAAAAUGUGGGAAAUGUCUGAAAAAAAUGGCUGCCAAACCUCCUCCUCAAGCUCCAGGCGAGUUCAUCACCAUUGAAUCGGAUGAUGAAGAAGAUGAGGAUUCAGGUAAAAAGGCGGCCAAGGACAACACUACAAACACCCGGAACAGUGCUGGAAAUAAAAAUGAGCAAGGGACUGAAAACAACCCAGUCAGUCCAGAUGUUAAGGAAGACAAGAAGGAUGAAGAAAAAGAUUCCCAACCUAUACAGAAGAAAACGACCAUCAUAGAAUAUGACACUGGGAGUACUCUGAACAUGGAGGUGUUUGAUGAAGAUGAAGUUUGUUCUGAUGAUGAGAGCCAGGAAGAGAAGAAGGCAGACUUUGUGAAAGCUGAGGCUGUGGAUUCCUUCGCCGGAGAGACGAAUGGGGAUCUAUUGCAUGGCACACAGAUAGCGGUAGAGAAGGAGAAAAACUCAGUUUCAGCUGUUACCAGCAACACUGCGCAGCCCCCUGAUGUAGUACCUACAUCAACUUUAAUGACCACAAGCACCAAGUCCAGCUUUACCAAGUGGCUGACUAGUCCACAGAAGGGGGACAGAACACUAGGGGAGAUUACACAAGACAGCACCAAUCCUGGGUCCCUUUCAGCUAUGCCUGUUGCAAAGAAAACUCCAUGUGAUUCUGGCACAGAUAACACCCAGUUACCAAAAACAAAUGCGGAUGCUACUACUACUACUACUCAGUCUGAUUAUCAAGUGUAUGACACCGAGGAUGCCAAUGAAAAGGUGUCAAAAUGGCUGUCUCAGCAGCAAGCUCCCAUCAAAAAGGAAGCUGCACCCCAGCAUUACAGCACAAACAACAAUGUCAAUAAGGAUGAAGAUGAAUGCGUAAUUGUACUCGAUUCAGAUGAAGAAGCUGUCUAAAAAUGCCUUGGUACUGAGUGUAGGAAAUGGCGUGACAUGGAGAGGAAAUCGGGUGAUGAUGAUUGUAAUUGAACUAUUAACUGUUUUAGGGUUGAAAGCUUUUUGUAGCUCUCCUGGAGAGAAAUAUAGGUUUUAAAAAUUAUAAAAUAAAGUAUUAUAAUAUAUAGAUCAAUGCAAUGUCCUAGAUUAAAAAACUUACUUAAGAAAAAAUUCCAUUAUGCUCAAUUCUGUUUCCACAAAUUGAUAAAUAGAUCUUCCAUUUUUAUGAUCAAUUAAUAUUUAUUGAUUUUGUUAGAAACUGAAAUUCGUUAGACUCUCUAUAUCAUAAAAAGCCCAGUUAUUUUCAAAAGGAACUUUAAAAAGCUUGUGACAAAAUUAGUAUUUUUUUUAAAGAAGUAUCUUUUGACAAAAUUAGUAUUUUUUUUUAAAGAAUCUUUUAUAAACGUAAGGAAAAAGUCAUCAUGCUUAGCUCAACAGAAAACUAGUCUUAUUUUUUUUUUUUUCAUGUAAGCGUUGUGUUUUAGGGUAGGAAAAAAGAGGAAUGAACUAAAAACUUAGAAGAGCAAUGAAUACAUUAAUAAAUCGUCUUAACUUGCCCCACUGACUCCCAUUUUAUCUGGCACAGUAUGCAUUAACCUUUAUGCUUGAAAAUUGUAAACUACUGUUUCAGUUUUACAUAAAAAUUGAUACAUAUCAGUAAAAUGCUGUCACCAAUAAAUAUUCUGUAGUGUUAAACAGAAUCAUGCUGAGAGUUGGAGUUAACUGGAGAUGGUAGAUGCAUGCUAAUAAUGAAGUAGUUGCUAGUCGAUUGUCACCCAGGGUACAGUAACAGUUACUAAAAUGUCAGUUCAAACUAUCGUCAACAUAUCAGUUAGGCCCUGAACAGAUUGUAUGAAAUAUUUCUAUUCCAGUCAGAGUGCUCAAAAAGUUAUACAAAAUAUUGAAAUAACAUUUUAAUCUCUAAAUUUGUAUUUUCACUUGUCAAAUUGUACAUGCUAUAGGUGAAUUAUGAAUGUACUUUAAUUUCAAGAAUAAAGACUUAAUUUAGGAAAGUUGUUUAUAUACAGAAUACACUAAGAAGUUCACUUUCAGAAGAAAAAAAGUUGAAUAUAUGUCGAACUUUAUUUCAAUAUGAAUAUUUCAUUUUUUUCUUUUUUGUCUAAGCAUCAUCACCCAAAUUUUUAUGUUACUCGAUAAUUUAUUAAGCUUGAUGUUACAUUGAUACUACAUUCCAUAAUAAAAUACAAGCCUGGAGUUUAGAUAUAUA